AUGAAAGGCUCCCAGGCCACCAGCGGUCCCCCCCAGGGCAACCCCAACAGCAUGGACCUGAGCCUGACCGGCCUGCCCCCACCCAUGUCCCGGCGCCCCAACAGCGCCUCUGCCACCAAGCCCAUUGCCCGCUCCAUCUCCGUGACCACAGGCAGCGAGCCCAGGAGGAGAGCACUGGAGGCCACAGGGCCCGGGGGCUCCCGCGCCAUCAACAACCUUCGAAGAUGUAAUAGCAGCACACAAGUCAACCAGCCGUGGGCCGGCACCCUCAGGGCGGCGGAGCCCCCUGACUUCUUGGCACUCUUUGAGAGCAGCACCGUGGGGAGAAAGAGGCUGGCCAGCCUGGGACGCACCCCGAGCGAGAAGGGGGCCACGUGGAACGUCCUGGAUGACCAGCCCCAGGAGCUUGCCCAGCCGCCUGGCACCUGGAGCUCCGGCACCCCUGACCCGCCAGCCAGUCUGCGGAGGAGGGAGUACGCUGUGACCCUGGCUCCCAGCUUCACUGCCAACAACAGGAGCAACAAGGGAGCCGUGGGCAACUGUGUCCCCACCAUGGUGUACAACCACUGCCCGUCCGCGGGGAAGGCCCCCCCGCCCAAGAGCUCCAACCAGACGGCGCCCUCCCUCAACAACAUCAUCAAGGCAGCCACCACCGAGGGCGCCGAGGGCAACGGCUUCGGGAAGCUCGGGAAGAACGUCCCCAGCAGCAACCACGAGGCCCGGAACAACGGCGGGGGCCCUGGGAGCCUGCUUAGGAGGACGGAGGUGACGGAGGAGGAGGCUGAGAGGUUCAUUCACCAGGUGAGCCAGGCCGCCGUCACCAUCCAGCGCUGGUACCGCCACCAGGUGCAGCGGCGCCGAGCCGGAGCGGCCAGCCUGGAGCGCCUGCUGGCGUGCAAGCGAGAGGAGCGGCAGCAGCGGCGGGCGGAAGGGGGCAUCCUGGAGCUGCACCCGCAGAAGGUGGCGGCGAGGAGGAGAGCCCGAGAGGAGAAGGCGCGCCAGGCCAGGCAGGCGGCCAUCCAGGAGCUACAGCAGAACCGAGCCCAGAAGUCCACUGAGGCUGAGGCCAGGCCGCUGCAGGAGCUCCGAGGGGUGGGGAGGCCCAGGCCUGCCCGGGAGCCCCCCCUGACACCCAAGACCACAGCCCCUCGCAAGCCCAAGGCCAACAACACAGGUCCCAGCUCCCAUGCCGCAGACUCCGAGCAGCCUGGCCAGCCGACCUCCGACCCAUCCCCAGAGCCCUGCUCCUUUCCAGAGGAUGCCCCGCAGGAUGCCCACGCCCAGGACGUGGCCAGCGAGCGCCUGGAGACAGGGGGCCCCACCAAGCCUCAGGUGACUCUCAGCGAGCUGUUGGACACGCUGCGGCUGCUGGAGGCAGAUCCCGAGCCACUGCCCCGGCCCCAGGCCUAUGACAAGGAGAAGUACGCCUGGAUCGAUGAGGCAGAUGUCACCAGCUCCCUGACCGCAGACAACCUGGAGAAGCUGGGGCAGCUCAGCACACCCACUGGCCCCCACGACGACGGGACGUUGCUGUCAGAGGCCAAGCUGCACAGCAUCCUGAGCUUCCUGGACGAGAUGGAGCCGUCAGCGCGGGAGCGGCCGGCAGGGCUGAUGCGGGGGGCGGAGCUGGCCAGCCUGGAGCGCGAGUCUGCGGGGACCACAGCGGUGAUGCGGCUGCGGCUGGAGGUGGAGGAGAAGCGGCAGGCCGUGGCGCUGCUGCAGCGGGCGCUGACGCAGCAACGGGCCCUCACAGCACGGCAGGUCAAGGAGGCAGAGAAGGAGCUGAAUCGGCAGCUGCAGCAGCAGAGGGAGCACUACGAGGCCACCAUCCAGCGGCAUCUGGCCUUCAUCGACCAGCUGAUUGAGGACAAGAAGGCCCUGGGGGAGAAGUGUGAGGCUGUAGUCGCCGAGCUGCGGCAGGGGGACCACAGGUGGAAGGAGAAGGCAGCCCAGAUGCAGACUCAGCAUGAGCUGGAGCUCAAGAAGCUUAAAGAGUUGAUGAGUGCCACCGAGAAAGUCCGCCGUGAGAAGUGGAUCAACGAGAAAACCAAGAAGAUUAAGGAGAUCACAGUCAAGGGCCUGGAGCCCGAGAUCCAGAAGCUGAUCGCACAGCACAAGCAGGAGGUCAAGAAACUCAAGAGUCUGCACGAGGCAGAGCUGCUGCAGGCGGAGGCGAGGGCCGCUCAGCGCUGUGAGCGCCAGGCCGAGGAGCUGCGGGAGCGCCUGGAGCGCGAGAAGGAGGCGCUGGGGCAGCGGGAGCGGGAGCUGGCCCGGCAGCGGUUCGAGCAGCACCUGGAGCAGGAGCAGCGGACGAUGGAGCAGCAGCGGCACAGACUCUACGGCGAGGUGGCCGAGGAGCGGGAGCGGCUGGGCCAGCAGGCAGCCAGGCAGCGUGCCGAGCUGGAGGCGCUAAGGCAGCAGCUGGAGGAGAGCAGCGCAGCCACGGGCCGGGCCUUGCGGGCUGAGUUUGAGAAGGCAGCCGAGGAGCAGGAGCGCCGGCACCAGGUGGAGCUGCAGACCCUGAAGGAUCAGCUGGAGGCAGAGCGGCAGGUGUGGGAGGCCAGCCAUGCCAAGAAGGAGGAAGCGUGGCUGCUGACCCGGGAGCGAGAGCUGAAAGAGGAGAUCCGGAAAGCCCGGGACAAGGAGAUUGAGCUGGUCAUCCAGCGGCUCGAGGCCGACAUGACCCAGGCCCGGGAGGAGGGUGAGCGGGCCACCGAGAGCCGAGUCAAGCGCCUGCGGGACAAGUAUGAAGCGGAGCUGUCGGAGCUGGAGCAGUCGGAGCGGCGGCUCCAGGAGCGGUGCUCGGAGCUGAAGGGCCGCCUCGGGGAGGCUGAGGGGGAGGCCGUGCGGCUGCAGGGGCUGCUGCGGCAGAAGGAGCUGGCGCUGGAAGACGCCAGGGCGGUGAACGAGCAGCUGACAGGUGAGCAGAGCAGCUUGGCCCAGGUGGCCCGGCAGGCAGCCGCCGCGGAGGAGAACCGGCGGCUCAAGGCGGAGCUGGAACGGCUCACGCAGGAGAAGCAGGAGGAGCUGGAGGAGGUGCACCGCAGGUGA